AUGGUAUGCAUAUCACCUACCUCUGGAAAAGGAAAAGCUGGGAAAUCCUCGUCUGGGAAGUCCGGUGCUGAAGCUGGAAAGUCCCAGUCGCGUUCGGCAAAGGCGGGCCUCCAGUUCCCUGUUGGCCGUGUGCACCGACUUUUGAAGAAGGGCAACUAUGCACAGCGUGUUGGUGCUGGCGCUCCUGUGUAUCUUGCAGCAGUUCUCGAAUACCUCGCUGCUGAAAUCCUUGAGUUGGCUGGGAAUGCGGCUCGUGAUAACAAGAAACAACGUAUUGUUCCUCGUCAUCUUCAACUUGCCAUUCGAAAUGAUGAAGAGUUGAACAAGCUUCUUGGUGAUGUUGUUAUCAGUCAGGGCGGUGUUGUACCAUUCAUUCUUCCGGAACUCCUCCCAUCAAAAUCCAAUAAGGGCAAGAAGGAAGGCGCAUCGCAGGAGGUGUAG